UGGCGUCGCUGGAACAGGUUCUGCCGCAGGAAGUGCCGGUUGGCUGUCAAAUCGGUGCCUUUCUAUUGGCUGGUCAUCAUCCUGGUGUUCCUCAACACACUCACCAUAUCCUCAGAGCAUUACAACCAGCCUAUGUGGCUGACACAAGUGCAGGAUGUGGCCAACAAGGUGCUGCUAGCCCUGUUCACAUGUGAAAUGUUGACGAAGAUGUACAGUCUUGGGCUACAGUGCUACUUUGUGUCCUUGUUCAACCGCUUUGACUGCUUCGUGGUGUGUGGAGGAAUCACUGAAACCAUCCUGGUGGAGCUGGCAAUCAUGUCUCCUCUCGGUAUCUCUGUGUUCCGCUGCGUCCGCCUGCUGAGAAUCUUCAAGGUCACACGUCACUGGCAGUCUCUAAGUAACUUGGUGGCGUCUCUGCUCAACUCCAUGAAGUCCAUCGCUUCCCUGCUGCUGCUGCUCUUCCUCUUCAUCAUCAUCUUCUCGCUGCUAGGCAUGCAGGUCUUUGGUGGAAAGUUCAACUUUGACGAGACCCAGACCAAGAGGAGUACAUUCGACAACUUUCCCCAAGCCCUCCUCACAGUGUUUCAGAUCCUGACCGGAGAAGACUGGAACGCUGUGAUGUACGAUGGCAUCAUGGCGUACGGAGGCCCUUCCUCUUCUGGGAUGAUUGUGUGCUUUUACUUCAUCAUCCUCUUCAUCUGCGGAAACUAUAUCCUGCUGAACGUCUUCUUGGCUAUCGCUGUGGACAACUUGGCAGACGCAGAGUCUCUCAACACAGACGAACCCAAGAAAGGGGACAAAAAGGAGGACGAAAAAGAGGAAAAGGAGGAAGAGGAGGAGAUUGAGGACACUGCAGCGGAGGAGGAGGAUCCAGAGGUGCCAUCAGGGCCUCGGCCGGUCAUCUCUGAACUGGUAAAGAAGGAGAAGAUCACCCCUAUCCCAGAGGGAAGUGCCUUCUUCAUCUUCAGCACCACCAACCCGUUUCGGGUGUUUGCACAACUCAUCAACCACCACAUAUUCACCAACCUCAUCCUGGGGUUCAUCAUGCUCAGCUCCGUCUCUCUUGCUGCUGAGGAUCCCAUCCGAAACUCCUCAGCUCGCAAUCAAGUCCUAGGCUAUGCAGAUUAUGUCUUCACUAGUAUGUUUACAUUUGAGAUCGUAUUGAAGAUGACAACAUAUGGAGCCUUUCUCCAUAAAGGGGCAUUCUGUAGAAAUUACUUCAACCUCCUCGACCUGUUGGUGGUGGGGGUUUCCCUUGUCUCCUUUGGCCUUCAGUCCUCGGCCAUCUCAGUGGUGAAGAUUCUUAGGGUCCUUCGUGUUCUUCGACCCCUGAGGGCCAUCAAUCGGGCCAAAGGCCUAAAGCACGUGGUGCAGUGUGUGUUUGUGGCCAUCAAGACUAUCGGAAACAUCAUGAUCGUCACCACUCUGCUCCAGUUCAUGUUCGCCUGUAUAGGGGUGCAGCUAUUUAAGGGAAAGUUCUAUCGCUGCACGGAUGAAGGAAAGUCCAACUCAGAAGAGUGCAAGGGCACGUACAUCCUGUAUAAGGAUGGAGAUGUGAACCAGCCGUCCAACAGACGAAUGUGGCACAACAGCGAAUUCAACUUUGAUAACGUCCUCAUGGCUAUGAUGGCUCUGUUCACUGUGUCCACCAUUGAAGGCUGGCCUUCUUUGCUCUACAAGGCAAUCGACUCCAACAGGGAGAACCUGGGACCCAUUUACAACUACACUACCACCCGCGUGGAGAUUUCCAUCUUCUUCAUUAUCUACAUCAUCAUCAUUGCUUUCUUCAUGAUGAACAUCUUUGGGUUUGUGAUUGUCACAUUUCAGGAACAAGGAGAGAAAGAGUACAAAAACUGUGAACUCGAUAAAAAUCAGCGUCAGUGUGUGGAGUACGCUCUGAAGGCCCGUCCACUGAGGAGGUACAUCCCUAAGAACCCGUACCAGUACAAGUUCUGGUACGUGGUGAACUCCACCGGGUUUGAGUACAUCAUGUUUGUGCUCAUUAUGCUCAACACGCUCUGCCUGGCUGUACAGCACUACGGCCAGUCAGCGCUCUUUAACUACGUAAUGGACAUUCUCAAUAUGGUCUUCACUGCUGUCUUCACUGUGGAAAUGGUUCUCAAACUCAUCGCUUUCAAGCCCAGGCACUAUUUCGCUGAUGCUUGGAACACAUUCGAUGCCUUAAUUGUUGUCGGUAGUGUCGUCGAUAUUGCUAUCACUGAAGUUAAUAACACGGAGGACAGCGCUCGCAUCUCAAUCACCUUCUUUCGACUGUUUCGAGUCAUGCGACUGGUCAAGCUCCUCAGCAGAGGGGAAGGCAUUCGCACCCUCCUUUGGACUUUUAUCAAAUCCUUCCAGGCGCUGCCCUAUGUUGCUCUUCUGAUAGCCAUGCUGUUCUUCAUCUAUGCUGUCAUUGGCAUGCAGGUGUUUGGAAAGGUUGCCAUGGUGGACGGCACACACAUCAACAGAAACAACAACUUCCAGACUUUCCCUCAGGCUGUGCUCCUCCUCUUCAGAUGUGCCACUGGAGAGGCGUGGCAGGAGAUCAUGUUGGCCUGUAUAGCAGGGAAACUGUGUGACCCAGAGUCCGACUACGGCCCCGGGGAGGAGAUGACGUGUGGCAGUGGAUUUGCAAUAAUUUACUUCAUCAGCUUCUACAUGCUUUGCGCCUUCUUGAUUAUCAACUUGUUUGUGGCCGUCAUCAUGGACAACUUUGACUAUCUGACACGUGAUUGGUCCAUUCUUGGUCCACACCACCUCGAUGAAUUCAAAAGAAUUUGGUCAGAGUACGACCCCGAGGCCAAGGGCAGAAUUAAGCAUCUGGAUGUUGUGACACUUCUUCGUCGCAUCCAGCCUCCUCUCGGCUUCGGCAAGCUGUGCCCUCACAGAGUCGCUUGCAAGAGGCUGGUAGCUAUGAACAUGCCUCUAAACAGUGACGGCACGGUCAUGUUUAACGCCACUUUGUUUGCACUGGUGCGCACUGCCCUGAAGAUCAAAACAGAAGGUAAUCUAGAGCAGUCCAACGAAGAGCUGCGAGCUGUCAUCAAGAAAAUCUGGAAGAGAACCAGCAUGAAGCUCCUGGAUCAAGUUGUGCCCCCUGCUGGUGAUGAUGAGGUAACCGUGGGGAAGUUCUAUGCCACCUUCCUGAUACAGGACUACUUUAGGAAAUUCAAGAAACGUAAAGAAGAAGGCCUGGUGGGUGCUCACCCGACGCAGAACAACACAGCUAUCGCUCUACAGGCUGGCCUUCGCACCCUGCAUGAUAUCGGGCCCGAAAUUCGCCGAGCGAUAUCAUGUGAUCUGCAGGAUGACGAGCUAGUAGACUUUAUUCCAGAGGAAGACGAGGAAAUUUAUAGGCGUAACGGCGGACUCUUCGGUAACCAUCUCAUGAACGGUGGUCAUCGGCGAUCCAACGGCCACCAGACCAACGCCACGCAGAGACCUCUGCAGGUGCAGCCUCCGCCCCACUACGCCCACAUGGACCAGCCGGUGGGACGCCUAUCUCGAGCCAACGCAAUGUCCCACCCCAACCAACAUCACCACCACCACCACCAUCACAACCGCCACCACAACUCCUACGGCAAAUCUCCAAAAUCCACCAACAUCAACCUCAACAACGCCAACGUGUCCAGCCUGCCUAACGGAGGACACCAUCGGUACUAUGAGCAUGCACCGCCCAACGGCUACCCAGGUCUCCGCAGCUCCUACUACGACUACGAGAAGCCCCGGACCCCCCAGGGUCAAAGAAGGCGCUACUAUGAGACCUAUGUUAGGUCGCAUGGAGUCGAUGGACACCACCCCACCAUCCGCAGGGAGGAGGAGUUUGAAGAAGACCGGCUCUCCGGGGAGUAUUACAGCGGGGAGGAGUUCUAUGAAGACGAUAGUAUGCUUUCAGGAGAGAGGUAUCCCAACAGUGACACCGAGUAUGAGACUCCCAAAGGUUACCAUCACCCUGACAGUUACUAUGACGAUGACGAGCAGCUGCUUUACCGCGACUCACGGAGGUCACCAAAGAGACGGUUACUGCCUGCCACGCCUCAAGGUCACAGGAGGCCAUCCUUCAACUUUGAGUGUCUGCGCAGACAAGGUAGCCAGGACGAGCUUCCACACCAGCGCACUGCUCUGCCACUGCACCUCAUGCAGCAACAGGUCAUGGCCGUAGCAGGCCUGGACUCCAGCAGAGCCCACCGCCUCUCCCCAACCCGCUCCACCCGCUCCUGGGCCACGCCCCCCGCCACUCCGGGCAGUAAGGACCAGUCGCCAUACUACACCCCUCUCAUCCGAGUGGACCAGAAACACAGGGGGAGCGUCGCCAGCAGCCAAGUGUCUGUGCGCAAGAGCUCCUGGUACACGGACGACCCGGAGUUCUCCCAGAGGAUGUACUCCCCCGUCCACCUGCAGGUGCCGCCGGAGUUCCACAACCAGUACCACCAGAAGAGAGGCAGCGCCACCAGCCUCGUGGAAGCGGUUUUGAUAUCAGAAGGGCUUGGGAGAUAUGCCAAGGAUCCCAAGUUCGUCGCUGCCACAAAGCACGAGAUUGCAGAUGCGUGUGAGAUGACGAUAGAUGAGAUGGAGAGUGCGGCCAGCCACCUGCUGAACGGAGGGAUGGCCCCGAGCGCCAACGGGGUCAACGUGUUCCCCAUCCUGACUCCAAGGGACUAUGACCUGCAGGACACUGCAGCCAGCUACAGCGACGAGGAGCCAGAGACAGAACCUAGAGCUCCUUAUGAGGAGGACCUGGCAGACGAGAUGAUCUGCAUCACGACUUUAUAGCAGUGGCUGAAGAAAACUGCAACGUAGAACUUUAACAGACUACUAUCAGUGGAAAUUUAAAAAAUAAAUGCAUCUGUUGGCUCUGACCAAAAGAAGUGCCUUUUACAUUGGAGAGAAAAGGCAUAUAGAAGAGAGACACAUUAGUCCUGUUCAUUUAAUUGUUCUCCACCUUCCGGCAACGGAGGUCACAACAAAGAGCCAGAAACCUGCUGAGGGAAUGGAGGUGACGAACAGGUUCAGCCUACAGCCAAUCAGAGAUGAGGACAUUGAUACCAGUGAAAGAUGGACCAAUUGGCAAAGGUAUGAGAUACUCUCUAAGGGUGAUGACAAUCAGAUGUACGAUGUCAUUACCUCGGUCACUUUAUUAAGGUUUGGCAUAUCAUGCAAGUUUUCAAUGCAAGCAUAGAAAGGCAUAUCUCCUCCCGUAGUUCCUACUUGUUCCCUUUGUUGUUUUAGUGCAGACCGUUUAAUGAUCGCUACAGCUGAGUCAAAAAAGUGAAGAGCACCAGUAGAGUCGUACCAGAUUAUGCAGGAACUAACUGUCCUACUUAUAGCAUCACUCAACUUGAGAUAUGUACUUUUGAAGCGACAAAAGCAUUUGUGAUAAAUGCACUAGCAGGCAGGUUAUUUUCAAAUGUUAGAAUAUCCUGAUUAAUAUUUCCUAGUUGAUAUGCUGUAAAUUGUAUUAUAUAACAAAAGAAACUUUGUAAAGAGAUAUUCUAUAUUUUGUAAUUAUGUAUCAUUUAAAAGAUCAGCAAUAUGGACCCUUGUGACUCCUGUAAUGCUAUACAAGCAGACUUUUUUUAUUUGCCUUUUUUGCUGAUAUGCACCCUUUUUUUGCCUAUGAAAACAGCAUUUUUAAGAGGUUCUGCUUGUGUGACAACACUACUGCACAAGAUAUGCAAAUGGCUUUGAUUUCUUAGCUUAGGAGAACACGUGUUACUUCAUUAAACCAACACCAGUUGCAUAAGGUUAAGCCCCCUUUAAAGGAGCAUUUUUAGGAUCCAGCGCUGAAAUUUUAUACCGAUGUGAUGAACACCUUUGUUUGCAUAUUUUGUGCAGGGCAUGCACAAUAAUUUAAGAUGCAUAGUGCAUUAACAAUGCUGCUUUUUUAGUUGGUUUCAGAGUCAAACCUAGGUCAGCCCCUACUGAAAUGCCUUUUUGCUGCUGAAAGAACGGGAAGUGAUAGAUGGUUAUAACAGGGAUAAAUAAAUAUUUCUCAUAGCUUGUGCUGGGAUUUUCCAUGACAUACUCUUUGUUGAGGGUGCAAUUCCAUUCAACCUUUGUACUGAAUCUUGGCAAUCACAUCUCAGCCUUCGUAAAGUGUGAGAGGCCUCGCAGUGGGGUGGUGGCAGGAGGCUCGUGCACACAUCCAAAGGUCAGAAACAGUCCAACGUGUUGUAGGAAGAAGGACAGAGGGUGUCCUGCUGUCAGGAUGCUGGAGAGAGGCUAAGCAAUACUACCCCCCCGCCCCUUUCUCUCUCAGCCGGCCUGGUGCGUACAGUAUACCUCGUUAGGCAACGUGACAACAUAUCAUUGUCUCAAUGUACUUGUCUGUCAGUGUCCCGCAGUCAAGUCUGUGAAAGAGAUUGGGAUUGAACCUGGACUUUGUGUUUUUAUCAUAUUUUACCAAUGAGGCUAGGAGGGAAAACUCAACAUGGAUGCAUACAAAUGAGCAACUGAAGCCCACACUUUUGAACACAAGACAAUAAAGUAUAUUUAGGUUUUUAUCAAUUUUCCUUUAUUUAUCUAUUACAAUACUGAUACUGGACUAAGUAAACUGAAGUGGGCUUUUUCAGGCAUUACCAUUGAGAGUUUGAAUUAGCACCUGGGAUAUUUAGGGUUAAUGUGUCGUUCAUGAGUGUUUGAUUUGUAGGCGAGUGCGCUCUGUACUCUAAUUCAACCGAAUACUGUCAUGAAAAUGUAGGUUUUCCAUUUUGUGUGCACAUUGAAAGGGCUCUUUGAAUUGUUUGUGAGUAAAAAAAAAUGUGUUCUAGUCCUUUUGUUGAUGACUGUCAUAUAAAAGGACCAAUGCACAUAACAGGCACAUUGUACUAUUCGUAGCAAAUACAGUACUGAUGAACUGAAGAUAUGCAUUAUUUUGUAAACACUUUUAAAAGUUGUGUUAAACUUCAGAUGAAAAUAACUUACUUUUACCUCAUGUCAGGGAUUCCUGAAAAAAGAAAAGAUGAUUUGGUCUAUACCAAUGGUAUUUAAAUAUUAGCACAUAGCUGUUUGUCUUUGCACAAGUGACUGUAUAGUGCUUUUGUUUCUCCUUUUUCUAAACAGAUUUGUGUAUUAAGGUGAGACAAUUUUGUACUUUUUGUGACUGUGUGUAUGGUUUAGUGGAAUCUAUAUUUGUCAUUUACACCUCACCUUACAAUGCUGGGAAUGAAAGAGUAUUAAAAAAAAUAUUUUCAAGGUGCACUGUUUCUCUGUUCGCAGGUAGGGGAAAAAAUAAAAUGGUAGAGUACCGGUUUACAGAGAAACACAUUAUUGAUUUGAACGUUUCUAUUAGUUUUCUUCAUAUUGUUAUGAUUAUAAUUACUCUUACAACUAUUAAUGUUCUGAAAGCUGUAUUAAAAUAGAAGAUAAUGUAAAAUAUGUACAAACGUAUGGAAAGACCCAUGGUAAUGUUCUCUACUUGAAAGUCUUGAUAUUUGCUCCUUAAUGUUUUUAUUCAGUAAACAUCAUUUCUCUUAGUAGCAAAUGCUUUACUAUAACCUUCUAGGUUUUAUAUCAAUACAUUUUUUUGUAUUUUUCAUUUUAUUUUGGCCUUGACUUUAUUUGAAUCGAAACUGAUAUUUUAUUUUCUAUUGAUCAUCAUUGAAUAAACUUAUGCUGAAU